AUUAGAGGUAGUUCGGUAAACACCCAUGGUACAAGAUUUCCAGGAACGGUGGCAUGCGCUCUUUAAAGUGUGUGAGAUAAACGCUGAAUUCAAGAGAAUCACCACUCUGCCACUGCAGUCCCGGUUCCUCUCGCAGCUAGACAUUCUGUCUUCCAAACUUAUUGCUCUCUAUAAAAAAAGAGGUGGACUAAUAGGCAAACACCUAAAAAGUAUAAUGGACCAAAUGACUGAAGAAGAUGUCGACCAUGGGCGUGAAAGUGUUCUGAAGGGCCUUUGUGUGUACCUCAAUGAAGACCCCGAACAUCUGAUACGACAGCAUGUAGGAGUAAGUGAUACAGCCUUUGAAGAAUCAGUUGAGGAAACUACUGUGGGGAUCUUCACGGUGAAACAACAGGAGGCGCAGCCUACUCCAGACGAUGUAGGAAUUAUCCUGGAAGGCCAAAUUGUUAUCCAGGAUUUAGACAAUGUUCCUCUGGCUGUUGCACUACUGUUUGGCCUCCUGUAUGCUCUACAUAUGGAUUAUCCUCAUCAACUCAGGUAUACCUUUGAAGUGAUCCAGAAACUGAUCAUGGAGCUAGAUGGUGGCACACUUUCAAAGAAAGUCCAGGUCCUGAAGAAUAGACUCAAUGAGUAAUGCUGGCCAGUGAGCAUGACCAGCUUAUUUGAGGACUUGUCCAUUUAAGUUGCUUUUCAUUGUUCU